AGCGAGUCCUCCUGAAGGUACAAAUGACUCGACGGUUUCCCGUAAUGCGAAGGCUUCUUGACCACCCUAAAAGUUGCAGGGAUAUUAUUGUUCACAUGUGUCUUGAAACGCAUCGUUUAACGUCCGGUUCCAGAGACAGGUAAUUCCUUGGGAUUCAACUGUGUGAGGAGCCCGUCCACAGAAAAUGCCCAUGUCACCACGGUCAGGAACUUCCAUGUGCACAGGGAGCUGAGGGGCCUGCGAAUGUACCCACGGUGCCAGCAUGAUUCGUUGAAGUGUUCACAAUCCAUCGGCAUGGCCAACUCGUGUUGAAACACUUACCCUUUAUGCAGUUUUUUGAAGCGAAGCUUACAGAAAGUACAUCAAGCAUAUGCAGCGGGAGAAGACGUGCCGUAUCACUGAGUCGCGCUGCGUAUCACGCCAGUGUUUCGAGCACCGGGAAUUUUCUUUCUCGACUGUAUUAGCUAACAGCUGCGGUGAUCAAAGUGGCAAAUCAGUGGAAAUGCAACCUGCAUUUUGGGAGGUCAACCUCACCAAGGAAAUUUCAUUCCCCCCACGUACGCUCCCGUCGUUGCCCCGUACACACGGAAAAUAACGAUGGCUCACACAUUUUGGCAUCCGGACGAAUUUCAUCGGCCCCCUGGGCAGCACCCACAAAACACGUCCAGAAAUCGGGGCGUUUGCAGAACAGCAUCUUCAUUACCCGAUCAUGACCGUCACAUGUGCGCAGCAAAUGCAAGAAUUGUCUUCCCCUUCCUUGUGCAGUGAGCCACUCCCACUAUCUUUUGCCUCCUGACAAUACUGAAGUUGUUUGAUUCGCUCUGCCUGUCUCCCAAUUUACCUGUGCCUUCAACUUCGUCCUUCCAUCCACCAGAAUGCAAAAAUGGAGCAGCUGACAUGCCAGAGAAUGAGCGAUAGCCCCCCUCGUGAGUAGUAAGGCUGCUUUGGCGUCUUGUUGCACUGCAAGGCACCUCCUACAAAAGGUUUGCCGUACAAACAGUGCUGUGAUCGCCUCGGUCGACGUUGCAUCAUUUUCAAUUCGCAGCACUGUACUUUAGUGCUGUCGCACAUAUAUAUGUAGUGUCAGGUGCAUGUGUCGUGAAGGUUCACGGUCUAUUUGUCCUGCCUCCCAGUAGGUAGAAGCAGAGGUGCUAAGGCACUGUUGGUUCCAGGCUGGUGAUCCAGGAACCUCGCUUGCCGGCACAACCAUCACCUUCCAGCACCUUUGUACGCGUAUUCCCCACGCAUGGCAUCUGUAUCCUUCGCACCAUGUGGUGCUUUCGACUAGGACGAAUCUCGCUCAACAAUGCACUGUUUCAGGACGCAUGCUAGGCGGAAAGACAGCGAUUCAAUUGAUUCGGUGGAACUCUGCAGUCAACAACGCGUGGCUGCCACCGUCCGCAAGUUCGGUCGGACUGUGAUGACCGGCGAAUCUUGCUGGUCCGCGCACACGGCUUGUCUCGGCUUCACAGUCCGCCCUUCGCCUAGAAAAAAGACAUCACCAAACACGUCGUAUCACUGACUCACUCUCAUUUAUUCUCAGCACAGAUGGAGUAGAAAGCAUGUUAUCUCCGAUAGUUUACCUUCCACACCACGACGCGCAUACUUUUGUAGAGCGAGUCUACGUACUUGACCGUCCAAACGGCGCGGGUGUUGCACGUUUCGUGAGGUGGCGGUGAGCUUGUGACUGAACACCGCACACAAAGACUUCUCUCAGUGUCCCGGUCCGCGUUUGUGAUCUGCCUUACCAUCGAAACAGCACGGGCUUUUUAUUGCGAACUGUUUCAUGGCUACGCGUCCUGUGAGUCUGCGUCAGUGGCUCGGGAAACAGACGUUUCUGGGACGUUUGUGGGACGUUUUCCCUUGAAACUCUACGAACUAAAGGGGGAUCCAAGGCUCGCGGGUUGACACCACUGCAACGAUCGACGCCAGUGUGGUAGGGCUGCAGACUGCACCGCAGCAGCGUUUCGAGUUCUCUUUGAAGAGGUGGUUUUAUUGCAGUUUGGUCCGUCCGCGGAUUUUCUUCCUCUGUGUGUCCGUCGAGUGCUGUUUCCUUCCGUUUUCCCGUACUUGCACGGUUCCAAGGAUUAGCCAGCCAUGACUGAAGACAGGGCUAGCGACCCUGGCUGGGAGACAGUGGCCUUCCAGGCGCCUUCUCGGCUUCCACGAAAGCCACAGAGGACGAGCGCACGCCCUAUGUUCCACUGUUUGCUUCGAGUUACUUUCCUCUUUGCGCUUUCGUUUUUGUGUCUGACUGCAUCUGAGGGCACAAUGCCAGCCUACGAAAAUACGCUGCAGAGGGCACAGAUAAACGACGGACAAUCCCAUGCGAGACAUGGCAGCGAGAGGCUCACCGAAGAAAGCGCCGCAUAUGUGCAGCGUGAGGCGCUCCACGAGGAGGGAGCGGCAGAGCAAGCGACGGUCGAGGGAAACCAAGAAAGAAAACCAGACAGUCGAACACGGAGAGACGUCGACGGAAAGAUACCCUGUCUCACGCAAGCUUGGAGUGCGACAGGGGAACAGAAAGAGGAUAGUUGCACCAAUCUGUUGAAGGCAGCGGAGGCAGGAGUGCGCAGGAGCGCCUCGUCGGUCCUGGCAGAGGGUUCAGAGGAGAGAAGUAAUCUCGGCUUCCUACAGUGGAAUGAGGGUGGAGGAGCCCGGCCUUACAGUUGGCGAGUCGCACAGACUGCUGGUCGAGACGAUUCAGUACCAGUUGGUGAAAAACUCAUGCGUAGAGACAGGGAACAGGUGGGAAGCAUUAACCAUCACGGGCACCAAGAAGGAAAUCGUGAGGGGAAGGCAGGUGAUCAAGUCUUGGAGAGUGGUACGAUGGAUCUCUUUGAUGAAGAAGAUGACCCUAACCCUUCUUUGUACCUUUCUGACGGAGACGAGCCAGCUGCAUUGGCCGAUCCCGAGGACGAAGACUUCAUAUGGGGAGACGAGGACGAGGACGGUCCGUUCCUGGAUGGAGAUGCGGACGAGUAUAGUCUAUCUUACGAUGUCGAUGCAGCCGAAGAUGCUUUGAACCUACGGGAGAACGAAGACCCACCAAACGAAGGUGGCAUGAAUGUCGACCAGGAGGCUGAUGAGCCGUUUGGAGUCGACGCGGAGGCAGACACGGAAACAGCUAACGCAGCCCACACAAGGCCACCUGACCACUUCCUGCAGCGCUACAAUGAUGACGUGGUUCCUUCACCAAGAGCGACGCCGCUACCUGCGGAUGCAGAGGAACCCUUCGUCUCUGCUUCAACUGCUGAGGUCAAUGGGCUUGCUGAGAGGAAAGAAUUCGCAAAGUGGAGCCAGGACACCGCGCCGUUAGUCGUGCCUAACAAGCAUGAGGAAGGCGAUGGCAUAGGCUAUCAAGGCCUCGUCAACAUCUCGGAAAACGAAAGUAGCUCGCCGGCACGCACACCCCGUGGGAAAGCAAAUAUUCCAAAACCGCCAAUGGGAUGGAGUUCAUGGAAUAGAUUUGAGUGUGACUUGUCGGAGCUAAAUGAGAAGCUGGUCAUGGACACUGCGCUCGCACUCGAACAGUCCGGGCUGCACGCAGCCGGGUACGAGUAUGUCAUGCUUGACGACUGCUGGAGCAUCAAAAAAGAUGAGGAACGUGGGGCCAGAGAACCAAUUGUUUGGGAUGCCAAGCGCUUCCCCAAUGGCAUGCCGGCUCUCGCGUCAUUCCUCCAUUCUCGUGGAUUCCGCUUCGGGCUGUACACGGACAGUGGAUCCAGAACCUGUAUGGGGUAUAUCGGGUCAGCUGAUCACGAAGAACAGGAUGCAAUGGCAUUUCAGUCUUGGGGAGUCGACUUCUUGAAAAUCGAUGGGUGCUACGCGGAACCGUCGGAGAUGGGCAUGCUUUACAGCCGGUGGUCUCCUGCUUUUGAAUACGCGGCUGCGGCGAAUCCGGAUCACAAGCAGACAGUUGUCCUCAGCUGCAGUUGGCCUGCCUAUGUGCACAACCCUACGGACUUCGAUUUCAAGCUGAUUGGGGAAAUGUGUGAUACGUGGAGGAUUUUUGACGACAUCCAGCCCACAUGGGAGAGUCUGUCUGCAAUCAUGAAGUUUUGGGGCGACAACCAAGGCAUUUUCGCGAACGUCGUGGCGCCGGGGAGAUUCAACGAUCCAGAUAUGUUGGAGGUUGGAAACGGCAACUUCUCCACAGCAGAAGGUAGAACUCAGAUGAGCGUGUGGAGUAUCGUCGCGGCUCCACUGAUUCUUGGCAACGACGUACGCAACAUGACUCCCCAAACACUUCAGAUCCUGGCGAAUCCCGAGGUUAUUGCAGUGAAUCAGGACGACCUGAUUCUCGAAGGUCUGCGGGUGUUCGAGUCUCCUAACACUAUGUCGAUUUGGAUGCGCCCACUGGCUGCCGGUUCGACAGCUGUGGCAUUUGUCAAUCUCUCGUCCAAGCCCCGAAACGUUACCAUCAAUCUGUCCGAGCUACAGAAGGCAUACUGGGAGUCGUGGUUGCCCUGGAGGCGCCGUAAGCUUCUGCGGCUUCUGGACAAUAUACCGCCAGCAGACAGAGAAAGGCUCGUGCAGGUGCAUUUUCCUCCCGUGGACAACGAUCCCACAGCGCCUUUCGGGUGCACUGUCAGGGAUGUAUGGCUCGGCCUAAAUUUAGGGUUCAAAGAACGAUACAUCGUAUCCCCAUACAUCUUGGCUCCUCAUGAUACGUUCAUGGUGAUCAUCAGUGGAUGCACACUGACGGGAGAGCCCCAUCGAUUCUCUUCCGCUAACGAUGAAACACAGAGUCCAGAACUACGGAAAGCAGGCGUUCGUGAGCGAGACGAAAAUACCGGAGUUCGACGGGAGAACAAUAAUGGUGAAGCACGUGGAACCGAACCAGAUAUUGACAUACUCAGUGGACAUGUCAGCGUGGCAGGACACGUCGAACAAGUCAGGGGAAUUACGGGAAGCGGAGAGCAACAGAGAAACUCACCGAGACAAGCUGUGGGGGAGGAAGCAGAAACAUACCCCGCUGUGGUGGCAAACCAAGGCAACAUUCCCGCUCAUUCGCUGCGUUCGCGGAUAGACAGGGAGAUGUAGGAGACGACGAAUGGUUUAACAACCGGGAAGGAACGGUAAGAGACAAGGCAGGUCUCCCACCUCGAUGGUGGUUCCAUUGACGGAGCUGAAAUAAGUUCUGAAGUGAAUUUGAUGUCUACUGGCUGCUCGUGUGGCAAGGAAAGCUACAGUAUGAGGUACACACUUUUUCCGGACUGUGGGGAGAUGUGCCGGUAUCGGAAUGACCUCGCCUCAAAUAGACACUCUGCCAAAUACUGCAGCGAAAAAUGGGUAGAAGAAAUAGAUAGGAUGAAGGAAACGUAGAAGCUAUAACGAGGUAGACAGGCGAGAAUGUUGUGCGACUCUGGCAUUUUGAUGGUUCCUUACUAGGGAAGACAAUAGUGCAGGCAGAGGCGCUCCCUGCUUUUUGCAGAGGCUAUUUUCCUUUGUACACGAGGACCUUGUUGGUCAUUGGUACAACACUGUUUCAUAUUAAGAAGUUAACGUUGCGGCAGGGAAGUACUGACCGCAAGAUUUUUCCGCAUGCAAAUACGGAAAUGAAACAUUUUUAGAAAUAAACAAGGGGCGUUUCCGUUUCACCCAGAGGGACUUUUCGUUAUCUCAGCAAAGGCGUCUGCUUAAGACACACGCAAAUGGCGUCGACUGCCCAGCAGCGUUUACGAUUAUUUUCUCGUUGCUCAUGAUGUAAAAGGACCCCUUCCCCAAGCCGCAUGAAUUGUCGGCUAGGGAGUGCAAGCGAAAGAGAAGAAAAUCCGUGUUCCCAAAAUGUUCAACGGUUAGAAGCCGGACCUCUCCGUGAAGGUUGUAACUAGGAGGCGACUGCUCAAUGCAACGUCUACUGUGGACAGACGGUCGUUAACAAGGACCGAAGUGUUUCAAAAUUUUAUCUCGUCGAAACGUACGCUGUGGCAGCCUUGCAGCCAGUGUGACCGCCGCUUCGAUUUAGUCUGCUGCAUUCAGAGGCAUCUGGAUGCGCGUGUUCGGGGAGUGCCUCCACUCUGGAGAUGUUUACCGCGUUCGUGCGUGCUAAUACGUUUACAUCUGAAGAAGCGAGGGGUUGGCUUUGCUGGUUUCUUUCCGGGGCACGCCCUUUCGAAAGAUAAGUAGGGGUCUCUGUUCCUGGAAAUAACCGACGGCGCCGAAGUUUGAUCCUAAGUGAUCGACGCGCAGGUGUGGCACUAAAGUGAACAAAGAAUUCCGAGCGUUUCGUAAUGUUCGAAUUUCGC